AUGGUCAACACAAGUAUCUACCUAGAAGGCAAAUAUACCGGUCCACAAGCAGUCCGCAUCGCCAAACUGGAGAACAAGCUCAGUACCUACGAAGCUCAAAACUAUGAGCGCAGCCGUAAAAUCCGUGGCUGUGCAACUAUCAUGGUCAGUGGCCUAUUGCUCUUCAUUUUCACGUCCAAAGUACUUCCUUUGGAUGUCUGGCUUAGUGUGCCAUUUCUCAUAGCCUUUAUGAUCGCUGGCGCCACACUGUGUGAAAUGGUCACGAAAGAACAAAAGAUUCCAAAGAGGCUAUAUGAUAGAAUAAACGCCUGA